AUGGCUGAGGGCGAAUCCAAUCCCCAAAAACGCGCAUUUAAGGAGAUAACUUGCCCAGUACCAGUUGGGUCCGAUCUCGCUGCACCAGCUUAUCCGAAACGACCAACCUUGUUCGACGAGGUUGAAUGGGGCCCUUUCCCUUCAGAUGAAGAUAUUAAAAAGGCAUAUAGAUUACCCAUACAUCAGAAUGAGUUUGUCCGGCAUUCUCCCAGGGGCAAUAAAAAUACCUCUGGUUGGACCUACAAUGAGAUUUUUGGUACAGAGGCAGAGGAACCACAGCAGUCGCCAGAUAAUGAUCCACCAAACGUCCUAGUUCAAGGGCACAAUCCUCUCAUUGAUACUAAAUACUGGAUAAAAGCAAGGUUGCAGCCUGAACUUCGUGCAAGAGGAAUCAAUGCAAACGGUCUUGUUGCAGACUUGAGGCAGAGGCUGUACGAUGAUGAACUGCAGCAAUUGCAAACUAGCGUCCCGGACGAGGGUGAGGACAAAGGUAGCAUCCUACCUGUUCAGAGUUUACCAGAAUGGGGUAUUGAACGAGCAGCUAAUGACUAUCUGGUGAAAAUAACCUCCCGGGGGCGUUUGUCAGCUCUGGAUAUGUACACUUGGGCGAUAUCUCUCAGCCCAUAUAACCCUGCGUACUGGACCAGUCGCGCGUAUCUACACUACCAGAUGGGCCAUUUUGACUUGGCCAUUGGCGAUGCAUAUCGCGCUCAGCUUUUGUGUGAAAAACUCGUCAAUCCACUGAACCGUCAUGUCCAGCCUGGCAUCUACAUCCACAUCUGGGAUGCUAUCGAACGCCAUAUACUGCAGACUACUUCUGGUCAACCCGACUUGUCUAAAGAGGUAGAGCUCUUGCGGAAGGGAAACGGGAUAAACAGCUUUAUCCCAAUAGUCCGCAAAGCAGUACAUCAUAUUAUAGUGCUCAGCUUGUUGGCAAUGCAGUGCUGGGAGGAUUAUUCUGCAACCGAACCAUACUUAAGGACAAGGCUUAUCAUGGCCGAUCGUGAUAAGAUUGCCAUGCAACAACGACAAGCAAAUCUAGUGGAAUUCAUCUACGAUGCAGGAAAAGAAAAAAGACAUAAUUAUCUCGAAUAUCUUUUUGAGCGGCAUUAUGGCUUUAUUGCGUGUCGCCAGUAUCCGUAUGAUUCAUGGGAUAAUGCCCCCGCAAUUGACAAGAUCGCUGAAAGGAUGAAUAAAGAUAUGAUAAGCAAAUCACAGGCCUUGGCCUAUCGACCCCGAAAGAUACAGGUAGAGGUCGAUGAUCACCGUUUGGCAGUUUACGCAGAUGAGGAUAUACCCAAAGGAGCGGUCAUUUAUGUGGACGAACCAUCAAUCAGGGGCCAUCUUCAGCAGCUGUCAAGAGCUACGGCACCUCGCUGUGAGAACUGUAGACGCCCGGUCACCGCUACUGCUCCUGUGCUGUGGUUUGAGAAAGGGAAGGAGAAUACUGAAUCUACUUCAGCAGAGAAUGCAAGCUGUGAAUGUGCCAAUUGCUAUAGAACACCUAUGUACUGGUGUACAGCAAGCAAUAAAUCUAGUUCAAGAGACCCGUCCCCCGAUCCGGAGGAAUUCGCUAGGGUUUCACGAGCUUUAGAGACUCAUCGUGGGAAAGAUUACCGUGACCCAAGCGUAGAUACAGAUGAUGAACAGGCAAUAGCCAGAGGCAAUCCUUCAAAGAAACAAAAGAUUAGCGGUGCUGUUGGCAAGGAAAAGCUUUCCUGUCUGGAUAUUGCGAGAUCUUUAUAUCACAACCGAGUCUGUGGGAAAAGCUGGAAUUGGUUACAUGAUGCUAUGCGGCCAAACAGAUGGCCUCUGGGCUCCGUGCCUCAUGAGCUGGGAUCUCUCUCUCAUACGAAUGAGAAACAUGGUACUCUAUUGAGCUUGUUGCUUAGAGAGGUCUUUGACAUUACACUUCUCAGACGCGAGACUGAUAACAAGCCGAAUUUGUUGGCAUAUGAAAUUGACGAGCUAAUGCCUGUAAUGCAGUGGUCAGCUAUCGGCAAGGACUUACCUUUCUCAUUUGCGGCGAAUAUACAAGUUCCUUUCGAUAUUCUUUCGUGCCUCGGUGUGAAUAUAUUUCGGGAUCUCACAUUUGAUACCUGGGUGAUUCAACUAGCACUUAGGAAACUGUUAAUGUCGGCAAUCCCCUGGCAUCCGGAAGGCGAUGAAAGGGACAAAGACGUUCCAGAGUCCCAAAAUGAGAAAUUGAAACGUACAAGAGAUAUCCGUCAGACCCCUGCAACAGAUGUAGAUGAAGUUACACCAACAUUUCCCAACCUCUAUGUCUUCCCUGUUGUGUCUGUGUUCAAACAUGCUUGCCCCCCACAUCACAAUGUAGACUGGCAUUGGGACACAGAAAUUCCUAAUCGGCUCAUACUACAUGCUAACAGAGCUAUAAGGGGGGGUGAGGAGUUAUUUUUACGUUACUCAAAGGUCUCUCUCCCGAAAAACACUGCAGUGCGAUUAUUUGGUAGAGGCUGUGAUUGUCCCGGUUGUGGGAGGGAUUAUUCACCAGAAAUUCCUAUGGUUGAUUAUUAUGGGUUUAUGACCAGUGAUGAAGAACCAGAAGUCCCUUCUUCACCUUCAGAGCCACAACUGCCUCCCCAAGGCCACAAUCUAGUUCGACAGAUGUCUCCAGAGCCAAGCAUGGAGGGGACCUCUGGUGAAAAUGACGGAACUGAAGGUUCAGGGGAACAAAAGAGCAAUGAUAGCAACCAAACGGAAGAACAGGAAGAACUAGAGGAUUACCGGAGUAGCCCUCAGGAAGAGCUAGCUCCAAAUCUGUAUAUUCAAUCCUAUCAGGGAAACACCGGCUAUGAACAGUAUCAAGCUCACGCAGAACAGUCAAGUCAUCAACUCCCAGGAGAUACCUAUCUAAGUGCAGCGCAGCAGGCCUUAGACCUGAUGCCGAGCUACAACCCGGCAGAAAUAUCCCCACGGCAUCAGGGUCAGGAAAAUCAACAGCAAGAGCAAUCACAGGAACAAACUGGGCCCAGCAUGAUGCCGCAUCCCGCUCAAAACCUCGGGUCUAGCCCUGAUUACUCUAAUGUGCGGUCUCUACAUGUUCCACCGCCACCAUUACGUCGUGGUGGAGCGCGAGUAAGGCAUAAUGGAGUUAUGAUGACCUCUCAAGAGUACAAUCUCAUCCGUAUGAGGGAGGCGUUGGAAGUGCAGGCUCAAGAGCAAGGAGAACAACAGGAAGAAGACCAGCAAAGAAAUACUGGCCACCAAGACAGCAAUUAG